AUGUCCCGUAUCGCAACUGUUUUCCUGGGGACGAGUCUGCAAGGCUCCUCCACCAUCGACGCCCUCCUCGCCGACGGCACCUUCACCCCGCGCGCCGUCACGCGCAACGCCAACUCCCCCGCCGCGAAAGCGCUCGCAGCGCGCGGCGUGCAGAUAGCGGAGGCGAGGUUUGACGAUAAGGAGGCGGUUAGGCGUGCGGUGGAGGGGGCGGAGGUGGUAUUUUUGGUCACCAUGCCCUUCAGCGAUGUGCCGGAGGUAGCGCAGGGGAUCAAUGUCAUCGAUGCGAGCAAGGAGGCCGGUGUCAAGUUUAUUGUGCUCAGCUCCCUACCCAGCAUCAGUGAAUUCUCGCAUGGAAAGUACACGCAUGCGGUCGAGUUCGAUGACAAGGACACCAUCCGAAAGUACCUCGAGAAGUCAGGCAUACCCUGCGCUUCGAUCUAUCCAGGCAACUUCAUGGAGAAUUUUCCUCGGGGCGUCCUCGACUGCCCCUUCGAGAAGACCGAGAGCGGAUAUAUUCUCAACACCCGCGAACAAGAAGGCACGCGCUGCGUCCAAGUCUGGAUCAAGCACGAUAUGGGGCAGGCGGUCGUCGCACUGUUCAAGAACUACCAAACGCGUCUCCCAGAGAUCGAAAAGCAGGCCUUCGUGCUCGGCUCCGUCCGCGCCACAAUCGAGGAGGUGGUGGCGGAGUUCGCAAAGGGGCUGGGGAAACCAGUUGAACUCAGGCGGCACGGGAAGGUCGGAGACGUAGCCACGGAUGAUAUCUACGACGCACUCAGAGAGUUCGACGUGUUUCCCGGGAUUGAGAUUCCGGACCCGUGCCUGAAGGCGCUGGGUGUAAUGGCGGGGACACUUGAAGAGUUCGCGCGCACGGUCCUUCGUGACUAUGUAGAGAAGAAGUAG